AUGGCGGAAUUUCCCACCGCUGUCCCGUUCCUCCCACUCUGCGGGACAGGCCCUGGGCUGUUUGACUGGGAGAGGAGGCGCGAAGACCUCCAGAGCCCUAAACUCGCUCUCUGUGUUCCUCAGGACAGCCAGACCCCACUGAUGUUCACCGCCCGGUUCGGGCACCCCAGCACCUGCCAGUUGCUGCUGGAGCGAGGGGCCACCGUCGAUGUCACCGACGCGAAACGCAGGACGGCGCUGAUCCUGGCCUGUGAGAGCGACAGCCCAGAGGUGGCCGAGAUCCUGCUGAGGGCCGGGGCGGACCCAGGACCGAUGGACGCCACUGGGCGCGAUGCCCACCACUACGCCCUGCACUCUCGGAGCGGGCGUCUGCGGGUUCUCCUGCCCCUGGUGGCCAACAAUGCCGCCACCACAGAGCCUGGACCCACUGAGAAGAACCACUCUCAGGGAUUGGCUGAACUGUCGGCGAGCGUCCAACAGGAGGCGGCCCAGGGGCCGAGCACGGGUUACGGCGAUGAGGCAGAGGGCGAAGGUGGCAGCGCCUGGUGGGAAACGACCCGGGGGGAGUCUCCGGAGCCCCGGAGCGGGAAGACCGGGGGCACGCGGGAGAUUCCAGACGGCUGGGAGGUCGCCAGGCUCCGGGAGGAGCUGGGGAGGCUGGCGGAGGAGAAAGCCGAGGCGGAGAGGCGGUUUGUGGAGCUGGAGGGUCACCUGGACAAUGUGCGGGCGCUCAUGUCCCAGUACCGCCUCCGCAAGUGCUCGCAGAGCCUCCAGAUCGAGGAGCUGGAGAUCCAGGUGCUCGAGCUGACCGGCGCCAAUGCAGAGCUGGCAGGCCUGGCGAGGAGGCUCCAGGAGAGGCUGGAGGGCAGGGGGCCGGGCGGAGACCUCCAGCCCGAGACAGGGCCCUCGGGAAUCAGGGAAGAGGGUCCCAGAGAGAGCCCGGUCGGAGAAACCGUGCCAGGGGGAGAGGGUGACCGGGAGGGUGAAGAGCCGAGGGGGGCACAUCCCCAAGACUCUGACAAUGCCAGCAAGCUGACGGACUCAUCCAGUGAAGAGGAGCCGGUGAGGGAUUCGAGAGCGGCAGGCGAAGGGAGAAUGGGUUCUCCUGGGAUGCCCGCGUCUCCCCUCCAAGGAGGAGGAGGAGGAGGAGAGGAGAGGGAGGAGGUGGAGAUACUCCGCGAGGGUUUGCAGACGGCAUCGGCCUCCCUGGAGGCCUGUCAGCGGGAG